CACGUGACGGCCGGGAGCUGGGCUCUGACUAGUGGCUGGAGAGCGCCGCAGAGGCCGCUGACUGGCGGGCCGCGACGCCGCGGAGGGAGCCGGGCGCCUGGGCCUCCCGCGCGCAUGGGAGCGUCGGCGGCUGCCUGAGGAGAGCAGCGAGGCCAGCGGAGAUCGAGACCUCCCUCGCGCGUCCCACGAGCGGCUGCGGCGGGCCGCGGAGCCGGCGCGGCCAUGGCGACGGGCACUCAGCAGAAGGAGAACACGCUGCUUCAUCUUUUCGCCGGCGGGUGCGGGGGCACAGUUGGUGCUAUUUUCACGUGUCCACUAGAAGUCAUUAAGACGAGACUGCAGUCUUCCAGACUAGCUCUUCGGACGGUGUAUUAUCCUCAGGUUCAUCUGGGGACCAUUAGUGGAGCUGGCAUGGUGAGACCAACGUCUGUGACGCCGGGACUCUUACAGGUUCUGAAAUCGAUCCUGGAAAAGGAGGGACCAAAGUCACUCUUUAGAGGCUUGGGUCCAAAUUUGGUUGGAGUUGCACCAUCAAGGGCUUUGUACUUUGCAUGUUACUCCAAAGCCAAAGAGCAGUUCAGUGACAUCUUCGUGCCUAAUAGCAAUACUGUGCACAUUUUCUCAGCUGGCUCUGCAGCUUUUGUCACAAAUACCUUAAUGAAUCCUAUUUGGAUGGUUAAAACGAGGAUGCAGCUAGAACGAAAGGUGAGAGGCUGCAAGCAGAUGAACACACUCCAGUGUGCUCGGCAUGUGUACCAGACGGAGGGCUUCCGGGGCUUCUAUAGAGGGCUGACUGCCUCAUACGCUGGGAUCUCAGAGACAAUCAUCUGCUUCGCUAUUUAUGAGAGGUUAAAGAAGUGUUUGAAAGAAGCCCCGACGGUCUCCUCCUCAGACGGAACUGAGAAAAGCUCCUCCAGUUUCUUCGGACUCAUGGCGGCUGCUGCCGUUUCCAAGGGCUGUGCCUCCUGCAUUGCAUACCCACACGAGGUCAUCAGGACGCGGCUCCGGGAGGAAGGCAGCAAGUACAAGUCAUUCAUGCAGACGGCGCGCCUCGUGUUCCGGGAGGAAGGCUACCUCGCCUUCUACCGCGGACUUUUCGCUCAGCUCAUCCGGCAGAUCCCCAAUACGGCCAUCGUCCUGUCCACCUACGAGUUCAUCGUGUACCUGCUGGGAGAGUGCGCUUAGUGACAGGGCCACACGGCUCUGCUCUAGAAGAAUAAAACUGAGAACCCUAGAGAUUUUCUUUUCCGUUGAUGUUUAGUGUUCAAAACUGAAACAGCGAAGGCCAUAGAAUACCUGGCUCGUGUCACCUGUUGGACAUUUCCUUUUGGAUUCAUGUUUCUGGAAGGUUUAAAUUCAUUAACGUUAAUAGUUAAUUAUAACUUUCUUUUUUAACUUAAGAGGAUUGAGGAUUAAGGAGCAAGUAAAUUAAAUCAUGCUAUUUAAUUUAAGUCUG